UGUGCCCAUGCCUGCAUGACUAUUAUGCGCAUGCGCAAACACAUAAAAUGGAGCCUAACUUAAACGGUAUUGUAGCUGCCACGUUGGCGUUUUCCUGGGUCGUUCACGUCUGGAAUUUAUAUCUCACACGUCGUCAGAUUCGAUUGAUUAGCGACUCUCGUGAUGUGCCCAAAGAGGUGAAGUCCGUCUACGACCAGAAGACGUUCGAAAAGGCUCAACCCUACCAACUGGACAAAAACCGUUUCUCAUGCUGGCAUGAAUUGUAUUCACAACUUCUACUCACCGCUGUUCUUGUUAUGAACGUAUUGCCGUACUCGUGGCAGUGGACGGGACGUGUAGCUCUGUAUUUUGGUCUAGAUGAGGAUUAUGAGAUCAGCGUUUCAGUACUCUGGCUAUUUUUUAUGUCAAUAUUUAACACUAUUGCUGAUCUUCCAUGGACAGUCUAUUGUGUGUUUGUCAUCGAGGAAAGACAUGGAUUCAACAAACAGACUCCUGGUUUCUUUGCUAAAGAUCAACUGAAGAAAUUUGUCGUGGGUCAGUGCAUUGUCUUGCCAAUUAUGGCAACACUGAUUUACAUCAUUUCGUGGGGCGGAGACUACUUCUUUGUUUAUGCAUGGAUUUUCUGCUGUGUUAUCAGCUUGGUAUUAGUCACUAUCUAUGCUGAUUUCAUUGCUCCACUGUUCGAUAAGUUUACUCCACUGCCUGAGGGAGAUCUUCGAACUGCUAUAGAGGAGUUGGCACAGAAACUAUCUUUUCCCCUGAAGAAGUUGUAUGUAGUGGAGAACUCGAAACGAUCCACACACAGCAAUGCUUACUUCUACGGAUUUUUCAACAACAAACGGAUUGUUCUGUUUGAUACUUUGUUGGAAAAGGGUGUCAUUCCCAAAGACGAUGCAAAAUCAGAAACUAAGCAAGAAGAGAAGAUUUCAGAAACUGAUAAUGGAGUUGAGGUAAAGUCGGGGGAGACCAAGGAACAAAUAGAGGCGAAAUCGGUUGAUGGUGAAGCAGAGGCUGACGAUAAAUCGGUGCAGGGUGACGAACAGAGGAGUGAAGUGAAUUGUGAAAGGCAAGACAGUAGUGAUACUGCUCAUCAACGUGUCGGCUGUAAUACAGAAGAAAUACUAGCCGUGUUGAGCCAUGAACUGGGCCACUGGAAGUACAGUCACGUGUUGAAACAAAUUAUUAUAGCACAAGCCAAUCUGUUUAUCUGUUUGGCUGCGUUUGGUAUUCUAAUGAAUCAGAGGCUUCUGUUUGAGGCGUUUGGGUUUACUGCAGAAGUCCAACCUAUCAUCAUUCGCCUUAUUGUCAUUUUUCAGUUUGUGUUUCAACCGUACAACGAAGUGUUGGACUUUCUUAUGACACAGUUGACGAGGCGUUUUGAAUUUCAAGCUGAUCGAUUUGCACAUCAGUUGAGUCAAGCGGAGCCUCUCAUGUCAGCUCUUAUGAAACUGAACAAGGACAAUUUGGGUUUUCCUAUAGCUGAUCCAUGGUACGCUGCAUUUCAUCACUCACAUCCAUCUCUGGUGGAGAGACUGCAGGCACUUACUGGAAAAGUGAAGGAAAAUUAAAAAAAAAUUGGUUAGAUAGCUGUUUUGUUUGCCUUGUAGCCAUAGACUUAUUGGUUUCGUGUUUAUAUGUACAAUGCUGAGGAGCUUGUGUUUUAAUGGUUAUACGGGAUGUUAGUAGAGCGACAUAUUAGUCUCGCGUAGCCAGACCGUUUCUAAAUACUUCCGGUUUGGCUACGCGAGACCACAGAAAAGAGGGUAUUCUUCGACAAU